AGCUCCUUUGGCUCUUCAAAGCUUCACAAACCAUGACUCGGCUUGCUGUAGCAGCUGGUGUGGCGACGGUGGCUGCGUUUGCAGCCGGAGCGGCCUUUGUUGUUGCACCAACUCGGGCUCCAACACCCACCACGCCACUUGCUUCCGGAGUGAGUGGAUCUGCUGCUACGCAGUCUGCCAGCUGGGGCUUGGCUGCUGCAGGCCUUGCACUGGGUGCCCAUGUGGGCCUUGCCGCAGCUUGGCGCGCGAGAGCGUCGACUGCAGCCCGAGCAGAGGGCGGAGGCAAGCCCUAUGUGGAGACACCUGCCGAUGAGCGCCUGUUUGAGCAGGACGCGAGACAUAGCAUCUAUAUUCUAUAUUAGACUUCUUGUUACAACAUCCUUGCUUUACUGAGAACCAUUGGAGGGGCAUUCUGAGUUUGUGCAUAUUGAGACGCCUUGCAAUGUAUGAGAGGUCUACUUGCAGUACACUUCCGAGUACAUGAAGGGCCCAAUGUACUGGCACCCUGACAAGAUGCAGGGAUUUGCCCCAGACUAUCCUGGACGUCCCAUUGUGAAGAACGGCAAGUACACUAGCAA